AGACACAUCACGACAUCUUAACAAAUCCAAAAAUUCUUAGUAUUUUUCUCUGUUUUGCUUUAAUUUUAGUUAUUUUAUUCUUAAGAUUUUUGUUAAGAUCUUCUUAAGAUACACCAAAGGAGCGGCGACCUUUAAGAAUUUUGACCGGCGAUUGUAAUGGCGGGGUUAGGGUUACGGCUAAAGGCGGCGAAAUGGAUGUUGAGGAGCGGAGCAGCUACUGUAUCGAGGGGAUGGUCGUCGGAGAUGGGGAAGGGUGUUCGUCGCUUCUCUACUGAAACAGAGAACGAUGUUCCAACUUCAGGAAUCAGUAGACCACUCGCUGAGAUUCUCAAGGAGCUUAACAAAAAGGUUCCAGAUUCCGUCAUCCGAACUCGAGUUGAAGAUGGUUUCUCCAUGAAAUACAUCCCAUGGCACAUUGUUAAUCGGAUCAUGAAUAUGCAUGCUCCAGAAUGGUCAGGAGAAGUUCGAAGUGUCACUUACUCUCCUGAUGGUAAAACUGUCACUGUGGCUUAUCGUGUGACUCUCUACGGCACUGAUGCUGAGAUAUUUAGGGAAUCAACAGGGACCACUUCUGUAGAUGACAAAGGCUAUGGUGAUGCUGUGCAAAAGGCGGAAGCAAUGGCAUUUCGCCGUGCCUGUGCAAGAUUUGGAUUGGGGCUUCAUCUUUAUCACGAGGAUGCUUUGUAAAGGGUCAUCUUUCAACCAUGGGAAAGUAUAUUUUUUGGUGUUCUCACUGCCUAGUAGUAGUAGUCGUUGAAGGCAAACUCAGGGAAGCUUAAGUUUUUAGUAUCUAAGAUCUGAUCUACUGAUGAUAUUGAUCGCUUUAUGAUUUGAAAUCGGUUACUGAAAUGACCCUCAAGAGGACUCUUUGUUGCAUAGUUCUGUAACUUAACUUCAAGUUUCAACUUUUACCAGUAAGAGUAUCAGUUUGCAGCAA